AUGAUAUCGGAAAAUUGCGAAGUUGGACAGGACGAUAAUUACGAAACGGAAACCUCUACGUCUGUUGUGUGUGAUGUCGCUGAACAUCAGGAGGACACGCCUGACCAUUACCUUGAGGCGCUUAGUAGUGAGUGCUCUUUCUGUGGAGCUCUAUUUUUUCGCACCGAGAAUAUGAUUUGCUGCAAAAGAGGCGCAGUGAGCCUUCCGGUGAGUGCCGCUUAUCCGGACCUGCUGAAGGCUUUGAUCAUGAACAACCACCCUCAAUCGAAGAACUUCAUACAACAUAUAAGAAGUUACAACACGCUGCUCGCCCUUGGCUCCACGACAAUCGUUCAAAGAGAAGGUUUGGCGAGAGGAGCCCCUGUUGUUGUGGUCUCAGGACAGAUAUACCACCGAGUAGGCGAUGUUUGUCCAUCCGAUCCAGCAUUUGGAUCGCUGUAUUUCGUGGAUUCAGGAGAAGCCACGAAGAAGAGGGCAUCAAAAGGAGUUGGAGACGGUUGCAACCCCCGAUUAUUAGGGCAAAUAGAUGCUCUGCUGAGGGAAACUCACCCAUACGCCCAAAUGUACUCUACCCUAGGUCAAGUGGUUCGUGACACACGACGAACCAGUGGUAACGAUUCCGUUCCGCAACUUGGCCUAUAUUUCCACCAACAACCAGGAACCAACAGGAAGGUCUACGCGGCACCUUCCACUUCCACCGAAAUCGGCGCUAUUUUUCGUACAGUCGACGGGGAUAUACCUCCACCAGGCACAGUUCGUGUGAAUUUAAUAAGUACAAGUAAUAGUUUCCAAAUUAAGGAUAUCCCAAAAUUGUCUCCAAUUGUUGAUGCUCUCUGUUAUCCAUUACUUUUCCCUAACGGAGAAUUGGGAUGGUCGACUGGGUUGCAGAAAACAAUUGGAAAUAAACGGAUUUCAAAAUUAGAAUUCGAGUGCUACCGUCUGAUGAUUCGUGCAAAUCAUUUUAACCCGAUCCUUCUUUCUGGACGCUUGGCUCAACAGUUCAUCGUUGACAAAUACGUUGAGUUAGAAGGUUUCCGAUUAAAUUUUUUGCGAACACAUCAGAAGGAAUUACGCGUCGAGAGCUACGUCGGGCUCCAAGAUUAUAUUGCGCGAAGAACGGUAGUGGAACCAGACGGUGGUGAAAGAAUAGGUAGAGUUACUAUCCUACCGAGUUCGUUCAUCGGAGGGGCACGUUUCAUGCAGCAAAAUUAUCAAGAUGCAAUGGCCAUUGUAGCAAAAUAUGGCAGACCCUCCCUUUUCGUCACUUUCACCUGUAACCCCAACUGGCGUGAGAUCACUGAAAAUAUGGGAAGUAAACUGUUGAAUCCUCAGGAUAGACCGGAACUAAUCGCGCGAGUGUUCGAUUUAAAAAGGAGGGCAUUUUUCGAGGAUAUAUUGAAAUUCAAAAUUUUCGGUGAUGUGAUCGCUUACGUUUACGUUAUAGAAUUUCAAAAACGCGGUCUUCCUCAUAUGCACUGUCUUCUGACUUUGGCAGAUGAAUAUAAACUGCGAAAUUCUGAGGAUGUAGACAAGCUGAUUUGCGCCGAGCUACCAGCCGAAAACACCCGGCUUUUUGAUAUUAUAAUGUCCACCAUGAUUCACGGACCCUGUGGUGAUCGCGCACCGGAUUCUCCAUGUAUGGUCGACGGACAGUGCACCAAGCAUUAUCCCAAAGAGUUUUCGGAAAUUACCAAAAUUAAUUGUGCGUUGCCCGUAUAUAGGCGAAGAAAUGACGGUCGCACCGCGAUAUUCAAAAGAAACAAAGGAAUGUGUGUGAUAGAUAACAGAGACGUAGUUCCGUAUAAUCCAUAUUUAUCCAUGAAAUAUCAAUCUCAUAUAAAUGUGGAAGUGAUAACUUCAGUAGGAGCUAUCAAAUAUGUUUUCAAAUACAUAAAUAAAGGUCCUGAUGCUGCCGUUCUUCAGUUGCGAAAUGAGGUCGUUUGGGACGAAAUCCAAGCAUUCAUUGAUUCCCGCUACAUUUCUUCCGGUGAAUCAGCUUGGAGAUUGUUGUCUUUCCAUAUUCAAGACAAAAGUCAUACAAUCUAUAGGUUACCCGUCCAUUUGCCUGGAGAACGUGAGGUAUAUUUUGAAGAAGGGGAAGAGAUGACAGCGUUACAACGUUCAAAACUCAGUCGUUUGGAGGCGUAUUUCGAACUUAAUGUGAACGAUCCUAGCGCACGUGAAUGGAAGUAUUGUGAAAUACCUCUCCUUUAUUCUUUUAAUGCCACCCAACAUCGCUGGGUUAGACGUUUGAGAAAACGAUCUGUAAUACCUAGGAUGUACACUAUAAGUCCGAAGUACAUAGAAAAGUUUAAUUUGCGUAUUUUGCUCCUUCACGUUCCAGGAGCAAAAUCUUUUAAUGAUUUAAAAUCCUUCGGCGGCACAUUAUAUUCUACGUUUAAAGAAGCGGUACUGGCCAGAAAUCUGAUAGCGUCAGAUUCGGAGUGGUUCAGAACUCUGGAACACGCAGCCCUGGUAGAAAUGCCCGGGUGUAUGCGGAAAUUAUUCGCGUACAUGCUGUGUUUCUGUGAGAUCGGCGAACCACUGUCACUUUGGAAUGAGUUCAAGCGAUUCAUGAUAGAGGAUUAUGUGAGGAAAGGUAUCUCAGAAUGCCAAUCUGAAGAUUGCGCUCUGCGUAGAAUCGAGAAGACAUUACGUUUUCUGGGAAAAACUCUCAGAGACUUUAAUCUGCCGGAGCCGACCUCAAGUUCGGGAGUCAACGUUACCAACACCAACGACGACAAUGAGACUUCGAGAACGGAGUCGUCAGAUUCAAGUCUUGGGAGUUUGAACCAGGAACAACGCAAUGUGUUCAACAAAAUCAUUUCUGCGGUCGAGUCAGCGGCGUUAGGUGUAGAUAGAUAUUUCUAUCUCCAAGGCAGUGGUGGUACGGGAAAGACUCAUCUGUACAACACGUUGCUGGAAUAUUGCGAGGAACGGCAUAUACCAACUCUUGCCGUAGCCUUCACUGGGAUAGCUGCGUUAUUGCUCAGAAACGGAAGAACGGUCCAUUCGACGUUCAGGUUGCCAUUACAUCUGAAUGCAUCUUCCCGCUCCUCUAUAACGGCACAAUCCCAGGAGGCUGACCACUUGAGAAAAAUUCGGCUUAUAAUUUGGGACGAAGUCUCUAUGGCCAGUUACCAUGUCCUUAAUAUUGUGGACGAUCUACUUCGAGAUGUAUGUAUGGACCCCCGGCCUUUCGGAGGUAAAUGCAUACUACUUGGAGGAGAUGUUAAACAGCUACUUCCAGUAGCUUCUGGUCGUGUAGAACAAAUCGAGCUCUUUUUCACAAAUUAUAGGUUCUGGAGAGUUUUUCAAGUGGUCCAUCUGAUGACCAAUAUGCGUGUAAAUGCAGGUGGGGAGGAUUUCACCCGGUGGCUAGAAGAUCUGGGCAGGGGUACCACCAACACCCAAAUCGUCAAAGACAAGGACACAAAAGAUGGUGAUUUUGUUAAUCUGCCAGAUCGUUGUCUGACGGUUGAUGUUGUUAGAGAGAUUUACGGACAGCUUCACGCUCUUACACCACAGCAACUCGCACAGCGAGCUAUUCUCUGUCCCAAGAAUGAACAUUGUAAUUUACUCAAUGACAAAAUUCUCGAAUCGUUUCCCGGAAAGACCUUCGUUAUUCACAGUAACGAUAGCGUGGCUUCGGGUGAUGAAGACGAGGUGGCAAACUUUCCGGAAGAAUAUUUGAACAGCAUAACACCAAGCGGAAUGCCUCAUCACAAACUCAAACUCAAAGUAGGUGUACCGGUUAUACUUCUUCGAAAUUUAUGUCUUGAAGAUGGAUUGAUUAACGGUACACGACUACUGGUGUUAGCUGUGACAGAUAUGUUGAUAACAGCCGAGAUCGUCACCGGCCGUUUUUGCGGGAGAAGAGUUCUCAUUCCUAGAAUGGAUCUAACUUCUUCCGACCAAAACUUGCCGUUUGUACUGAAAAGACGACAAUUUCCGUUGAAACUUUGCUUUGCCCUCACCAUUAAUAAAGCACAGGGGCAAACAUUUGAACGCGUUGGCAUAUACCUAGCGAGUCCUGUCUUUUCUCAUGGACAACUCUAUGUGGCUUUCUCAAGAGCUCGCUCUUGGGAUUCCGUGAAGGUAGAAGUGGUAAAGACAAAACAUCAAGGGUAUUUGCUCAAAUCAUCUAAAAAAGUUUUUACUAAAAAUAUAGUGUUCGGUAACAUUUUGAAUUCUAUCCAAAAUGAGUAAUCCUAUUUUUGAUCAAUUUUUCAAAUCAAUCCAUCGAUUUUCGGAAACAGCAAAAUUGCACAAUCAUCAUUUUCAAAAUUGCUUUUUUUUCCAAAUUGUUCGUUAAUUACCUCAUUGAGUAAAUUGAAAUCAAAUUCUCAGGAUGAAAAUUAAUCGCUGUCCGACCUCAUGCGCGCGCUUUAUUAUCCCUAUCAAAUGAAUUUCUUCGUCAAAAUUUUCUGUGAUUUCUGGCCCUUUUCAAAAUCAAUUCAUCGUUCGUCUCGAAGUUCAUACCGACAAUAUUCUUCAUUAUAUAAAAUUUUCACGUUUCGCAACCAUUAACAAUUAAAUCAUUCUUUUCCAAAUUCAGCAUAACCCAUUCGCAUUCUUUGUUUAAUAUUUUUUUUGUAACGUAUUCUCAACCCAAUUUUUUUCAAAAUUCCCAUUUUCCCUCAUUCUCAAGCAAUUCACACUUAUUAACGCAUCAUCUUUCGAUAUUCCACGUUUUUCGAAAUUUAUUCCAAAUUUCUAUUUCCAAAUUGUUUUCCAAAUUCUCAUGCAUUAUUUCAUGGAUAAAUUAUGGAUUAUAUGGUAACUUAACUGUUUCUAUUCACACUUCAAAUCACACAAACAAAUCUCGGAAAAACCCAAAAUUUUUAUAUUUCAUAUCAAUAACCCCCUACCCCUAUCUUUUUUCGUUAUUAUAUAUUUUUUUAAUUGUUUCCAUUCGUCAAAAUUGUUGAAUCAUAACCUUUUCCACCUUUUCACAUAUUCCUAAUAAUCUUUUAGGCACAAUUAUUCAAAAUUUUUCGAAAAAAAAAUUUCUUCGUCUUUUUUUUUGAGUUUCUGGAAUUCACUCUGAAUUAUCAUGUCGGGAAAUAUUAACGGAGGUGCAUUUAACUUUACGGAAGACCAUACCAUAUUUUCUAGGGCCAUAUAAACAUCAUCAUCAAGGAAUAAAGGAGAAAGCUGACGAAAACCAACCAACCUUAUUCCAUCUGUUGCAUAGCUGUUAUUCUUAUGUAUAUAUUGUGUAUAUAUUGUUAGUAAUGCAUAUAGAAUUGUUUUUAAUUUUUGUAAUGUAUAUAGAAAUGUUUUUAAUGUUUGUAAACACGGGGAGACAGGGUUUUUUCUGCUGAGGUUUUUCCCUGAGCUUUUAUAUCAUACGCAAAACAGUAUGGUACCCCGUUGCACUAACCCAGCAAAAUUGAUUAAGUAUUUUUUUAAUAUUCGAUAUAAUAAUAUUCACUUUCGAAAACCAAUUAAAUUUGAAUAUAUCUUUCAUCUUUCCA